AUGCCAGUAUAUGACCGAACGGUGGCCGAUACAGGUUCUGAUCUUGCGGUUGCCAAGAUUCAGGAUUGGAUACAAGAUUGCCUAGGGGAUCAUGCCGAUGAGACUCACUGCGGGCCGGCAGAAGACCCAAUAUUGCCAACAAGGAUCAUCGACGUCGGCCUAUUGGAUGGAAUCAUAAGGCUCGAGGAAGGGAAUGGGAUGGAGUGGCACGUCUUUGCAGAGUAUUACAUCGCUCGAUUUUGGCGCACCAUGGUUUGCUCGUACAUGAAUCUCCACAUCACCAAAUCCGAUGACCGGCUGCCAGCUAUUGGCGGCUUAGCUAGGCACAUGGCGCAGAGACGAAAGUCGCGGUACUUGGCCGGAGUGUGGGACAACUCUAUCAACGACGACUUGUUGUGGGUUGUCCGCGUUCCUCAGAAGGAGCCGCGGCCAGCACCCUUGAUGGCCCCGACCUGGUCCUGGGCGAGCGUGAGCUCUCCUAUCUCGUAUUGGGAUGAGAUUCUUGUUGCGGAUCCUGAGCAGGACUUUGAGAAGGAGGAGCAACUACCAUCUCAGCAUUUUACGCAAAUCAGCAAGUGCGAAGUUGUCCCCGAUGGACCAGACGAAUAUGGGCGCGUCAAGACUAGUACCAUCGAGGCACGCGGAUUGGUGGUUAAGGGGACGUUGCAGAGGGAAGUGCAACAUAGAAGCGGGAAAGCUACCGACCUAUAUCAUGUUGCAGUCACUGGGAUACGAGUAGAAAUGAUGGCCGAUUACUCCUGUGCCAUGCUGGGCAUGGCCAUGUCGCGGACGGUGCUCAAGUUCUGUGUCUUCGAAUGA